AUGGAUGCACAGUCACAACGUGUAGCUAGAUGGUUGGAAGAGACGGACGAAGAGGAGGAGAAUGAUUUGGAGGACCUGCCGAGUAGCGAAGAUGAAGAAGAUUGUUGUUUAGAAGAAAGACACGAUUCUGAGUCGGAGCAAGAAAGCGAUGUAGGGGAACAGAUAAUCCCAGAUACUCCAUCUGCAUUGCAGCCGUUAUCAGAGUCAAGCUCAGACGAGGAUGUUCCAUUGGCCAAUUUAAGGAUUUACAAAUCUAAGUCAGGUGAAGACAGUUUUAAGCGCUGGACAAAAGAAUCUGACACGGUUAAUGAAGAUCUUCGUUUUGUUGAUUCACCCACACUUGACAUCGAAAAUACAUCGAGUGCAGCACUGGUACCAAAGUAUACACACGUAACACAAAAAUACAUUAAACCCCCCAUUUAUGCACCGAGUGACUAUGUAGCUCGAAUGCAGCAAGCUCGACCAAGAAAUCCUUACGAUGUAAAGUCAAUCCACUACGACUUCUUUCUUAAUUAUGAAGAACUAGAAUCCAACUUCAAGUCUAUAAGACCAGGACGAUCUGUCGUAUUUGGACCAUUUGGAAUUAAAAAUAACGAUAUUGUGCCGAUUACUGUGUGUGAAAAUGUGGAUUUUGCUUUUCCAUAUAUUCCUGAUAUUAGUUCCGAUUCUGAUAAUGAGGAUGAUUGUUUACAACCAGUGCGUAAUAGAAAAUGUCACCGCAUUGUGUCUGAAACUGAAAAAGAGUUGCGAAGAAUAUUAGAAGAGAGUGAUUACGAACAAAAUAGCCAGUCAAUUUCGUCGGAUGAAGAAGAAAAUGAUACCGACGGCCGUAGUGAUGUGCCUGAUUUUGACGAUGAUGAUAGUGUAGCCGAUCCCGAUUUUAUUCCUCAUGAUUUGUCACCUGACCGAUCAAGUCUACGAGAUAUAAAUAUUCAGCAUUCGAUUGAACAACAUAUGAAUAAUGAUAUUUUUGAAAGUACGGUGACAUCUCAUCCGUCGACGUCUCGUAACUCUAAUGACACUUCACAACAAAUCCAAAUAACCGCACCACCUGAUUCCGAUUCUGACGACGACGGAGACAUUGAAAUAAAUGCAGCUCCAACUGGCAUAAUACCACCUACAGAGCGUCGAAUGAAAGAACAUGAUGAGGAAAAUGGAUGGAGUUACGACAUUCAGCCAUUAGUUCGUCAAAUUUUUAGUAACUCAGAAAACUUUAUACAAACUGAAAACAAUCCAGAAAAUGCAGAUGUGUUUACAAUUUUUCGUCUUUUGGUUGAUGACAAUUUUUUUGACCUUGUGAUAGAACAAACCAAUCUGUACGCUGAACAACUGAUUGCUAAUAAUUCUGGAGGUCGUUUGAGCCGCUGGAGACCGGUAAACAAGGAAGAAAUGGAAAAAUUUAUGGGCAUUUACUUGCUGACUGGUAUAAUCAGAUUCCCUACAUUAGAAUGCUACUGGAAAAAAGAUCCCAUUUUUUAUCAUCCUCUAUUGCAUCAGCUACAAAUGUCCUACAAUCGUUUCAUAGCAAUUUUACGCUGCUGGCAUUUCGUCGACAAUACAAUUGAAAGAGAUGUCAAUAAUCGCUUGUAUAAAAUCCAGCUUUCGCCAAAAGACUGCGUUGUUGUGGAUGAAUCUAUGGUUCCCUUUCAAGGCCGACUGCUGAUUCGUCAGUAUAAUCCAAACAAAACUCACAAGUACGGACUCAAGAUCUACAAAGUCACAACUGAUGAUGGGUAUGUUUGGAAAUAUAAAGUUUAUUCUGGCCAAGAUCCUCAAAUCUCCAAUCUUGAUAAACCUGGAAGUGUUAUUAUCGAGCUUUGUGAAGACCUUUUGGACCAGGGGAGAAUGAUUAUAGCAGAUAAUUGGUAUACAAGUAUACCAUUAGCUGAAUACUUGCUUCAGCGUAAAACUGAUCUUUGUGGGACAUUGAGGAAAAAUCGUAAAAACUUACCUUUAUUGAUUAAAAACAAGAAACUGAAGAGAGGAGAGCAAGUUGCUGCUCAAAAAAAUAAUGUGACGAUCCUAAAAUGGCAUGACAAGAGGGACGUGCUCAUGAUAUCUACUUGUCACGCAGAUGAACAAACGAUGAGUACAGGUCGAAACCCGCGUCCAAAGCCUAAUAUGAUAUUGAAUACAAUAAUCGAAAAAAAGGUCGAAAAAGAUGAUAGAGCUUGUUCAGGUUCGCGACCGGCGCCACAACCGGCAACACAAGUUGAACAUGAAUCGGUGCCAUAA